AUGGCCGACCGAUUCCCUUCACUUGAGGACUUCGAUUCUGGGGCGCAAACCGAUAUCAAGGACCCGUCUGCUGAGCCCUCGACUGAUGAUUUCCUCGCUCGUGAGAAGGCUCUCCUUGGAGACGAUGCCGAACAGUUCACAACCAACAAUGACGCCGCUGCUUUUGCUGAUGCCGACGACGAUCUCCUCGGCGGCGCUGGCGACAACGAGCAAUCUACCUUCGAGUCUCAAUUCCCUGACCUGACCCAACCUGAAGCUGGUACUGGAGUUUCUGCUGGAACAGGCAUCACAGGACCUUCCGUGAGCUACAACUCGGGAUACCAGGCCGCCUCCGCAGAGGAGGAGCAGGAACCUGAAGUCAUCAAGGAGUGGCGCGAACGCCGGGAUAACCAGAUUGCUAAGCGUGCCGAACAAUUCGCUGCCCAGCGUGAAGAGACGAUCAAGGAGGCUCAGCAGAACAUCGAUGACUUCUAUGAGAACUACAACAACAAGAAGGAGAAGGGCAUCACCCAGACACGAAAGGAAGCCGAUGAGUUCCUGGAGAGCCGAGAGGACACUGUUUCCGGCGGUACCAGCUGGGACCGAAUCGCCAAGUUGGUGGAUGUGAGCGGCAAGGGAGCCAAGGGAGGUGCUUCUGGUUCAGGCAAGGAGCGCUUCCGAGAGUUGCUAGUGAGCCUACGAAAGGACGAGAAGGCGCCCGGCGCCACGGGCUACUAA